CCCGAUUCCCAGCAACCAGCGCAGCAAAUCAACUUUAGAAGCGUGCAUUUUGCCCAAAACUACGAGAGAUAGCUCAUCAUGACUCAUAUAUGCUCAUCCUUGUGUGACAUAUUUAUUAUCUACAAUUAUGUGGACUUUUCCAUCGUUUGACCAAUCAAUGCAUGGCAAUAUAACCAUAAAAGGUAAGAUGAGGCCAGGUCUAGAUGCCAUCCAUUUGGGUUAGGGUUUUUGCUUCCGAUGCCUUUUGGCCGCCCCCACUUUUGGUUUUCCUGCUGGACGGUUUCCUCCCCUUCCGCCUCUGUUGACUCGUCCUCCUUUCCGUCAAAACCCCGGAGCUUAUUCUUUGCGCGCAUCUGUUUCUGAUACCGUCACGUCUACGUGAGCAUCUCGCACCAUGUGCUAUUUCAAGUCAGUUAAAGCCCUUGAACGCGGGACCAUUUCCCCGUCCAUUGGCAUUUCUCAACCCUUCCAAGUCCAACAAGAACAACAGCAGCAGCAGGAGCAGCAGCAGGAGCAGCAGCAGGAGCAGCAGCAAGUGCAGCCGCAACAGAAACCCGGUUACUUUGAUCCUAGCUUUGUGGCAGAGGACCCUUUUGUUGCGUCGGGCCUGUACGACUUUACAGGUAUUUACCAAGACCCCAGUCCUGCGACAAGCUGGAACUCUCCCAUUGCAGUCACUGGAAGCUAUUCCCCCUUCGCAGACAUCCUCCAACAAGAUAUCCCCGCCCAAAAUGACUUUACUCUAUACACAAACAACCAGGACUCGCUGGAUGACUGGCUCGCAAGUUUGACGAGCUCCACGAAUAGCAUCACGUCACCCGAGCUUUAUUCUACUGAUGUGUCGUCAUCGUCGUCCUUGUCUCCAAAGGGAGCUCCUUUCCCCGACGCGCAUUCCCCCGUCAUCGAUGAGAAGCCCGUGAAAAAGGAAGCAAAACGGGCUGCAGAAGAUGAAGACAUCUCUGAUCCCACUUUGCGUAAGAGGAUGAAGAACACGGAAGCCGCUCGUCGCUCCCGCCAGCGCAAGAUGGAGCGCCUUGACACACUUGAACACCAAGUCACGAACCUCGAAGGCGACAAGUCCAAGCUGUUGAUGCGCGUGGCUGUCUUGGAAAAUGAACGUUCAACGUUUCAGCAACGUGAAAAGGAGCUGAAUGCAAGAAUUGCUUCUCUCGAAAAACAGCUCCAAGAAUCCCAUCGGACCAUGUUGCAGGUCGGGAUGAGGGCUUAACUAUCUGGAUUUAGGCGAAGAGAAUGGUUUCAUUCAUACGAUUGUCGCAUCUGGGCUAGUUUGUACAUUUUUGAAUUUUUGAUAUUUUGAUGUUGUUAGCAUGCUUGUUUCGUAUAUCGUGAGGGUGUUUUGUUAUUGAAAGAUCAUCAUAUAACCGGUUGUGUAUCCCCUUCCGGAACGUAAAAAAUAAAUCUCUAAAGUACCCCUGAGUGUGAUGAUGCAUACUUGAUUCAACCAGGCUACGACAAUGUAC